AUGAUGAACGAGAUCUCUUCAUCAAUCAGAGAUACCAUCCGACAACGACCUUCAUUUUCUCCCUCCCUUCUCCCUACAAAACCUCGCCUUGUGUUAUCCUCUUCCUUGUUUCCACCAGUCGAAAAUCGCUUCUCCUUAGAAGCCCAACAUCCGAUUGACGGGUUCGAUUCUCCUCUUUUGGUUACGCAAAGCCUUUUUCAUUUUCAACAAAUACACCACUUCAGCCUUCAUUGUCUUCUCCAGAUAUUUCAACAACCUCAGGUAAAGAUUUCUCGUUCUUCUGGAAAAGUGAAGGAAGUGUUGAAACUUGAUGAAGAGAUGAAAGAUCUUGGAAAGUCUUUGAUCUCUGAGCAAUCACUUCUUAUGUUUGGAAGAGGGUAUAACUAUGCAACAACUCCUGAGUGUGCAUUGAAGGUGAAAGAAGUGGCACUUAUGCACAGUGAAGGGAUACUUGGUGGUGAAAUGAAACAUGGAGCCUUGGCUUUAGUUGAUGAAAACCUUCUAAUUGUUGUCAUUGCUACUUGUGAUCAAUGCUUCAGAUAUGAAUCUAUUAUAGUCACACUUUGUGAGAGGUUGGAUACAUUAGAUGAUCCAGAGGCUAAGGCAUCAAUGAUUUGGAUAAUUAGUGAAUAUGUUGAAAGAAUCGAUAAUGCUGAUGAUCUUCUAGAAAGUUUUCUAGAAACCUUUUCCGGAAGAACAUGCACAAGUUUAGUUACGGGUGAAAAAGAGUGUGCAUACUAUAUGACAACAGGGCAAUUUAAAUUUCACCAUCCACAGCCAGAUGGCAUGGUGGCAUCACCAAUACCUUUAUCAACUAUGCCUUCUGCUAUCAAGUAUUUGAUUGUUAAUCUUAAUAGCCAAGAGAUUCAUAUGUGGGAUGUUGAUGGGUUAUGGGAAAAGCCUUUGAGAUAUAAGGGCCAUAGGCAACAUAAAUAUGUCAUUCGUUCUUGCUUUGGUGGGGUUAGUAGCACCUCUAUUGCCAGUGGCAGCGCAAAUUCACAGUUCUUGGAGUUGGAAUUGGUUCGACUUAUUGCUUCUUUCAAACCUCUUAUAGUCAUUACUAAGGUUACAGACAUAAUGAGUAUGAUCAUUAAGAGCCCUCUUCUUUCCCCACUUCCUUCUCAGAAUAUAACCAUACUAGAAAGCAUUCCACUUGUUGUGGGGAAUGUUUUGGGAGCUGUUUUUGAUGGUCAAAAUGAUGAGAAUGGGAGUGCUUCUAAUGCUCAACUUUCUUCUUGCAGAAUUCUAGAAGGAUCCUACAACUAG